GUGUCAAAUUAUGAAUUCAUUUUUAUUUUUGGCAUGGAUUUAAGGAUGUAGUCAGAUAGUAUUAUAAAUUAAUAAUAAUUCUUAUUAUUUUUGGAAUUUUUGCAGUUAUUCUCAAUGCGCACGCUAUGCACAUCGUCUAGUCCAAGAAUUUAAUAUGCCACAUCCAGAAUAUCCACAAAGCAAUGUCGCAAAGUUUAGUGGCUAUGAUCCAGACAAAUACGCAUUAGAUGAAGUCUCACCAACUGUAACAACUGAUGAGAGUUUAACACCUAACCAGCCGGCUCAUUUGACCCAGCGAACCAUCAAUAAGUUUCUCCGGCCUUUGACAAAAGAUCUAGACGAAGUACCACCAAGACCAACUAUAAAUGAACUAACUGAUGCUAUAAUCGACAAGAUGGUUCAAAAAGACAAAGCGUUUUGGGUGGACAAACCAGGUGCCAACGCUUAUACGCUAACAGAUGCUUAUUAUAAUUAUGGUAUGACUACGGAGAAAGUCUUGCCACCUCAUCAAGAUGUGUUUCCACGUUCAUAUCAGUACGACCUGGACUGUGUCAAGUACCGACGCCAGCACGCCUGUGAUGGAUUGAAACAAACUGGGGAUAUUCAGAAACCUUUGGCUGCUUAUUGUCACACAUGUACUAAAAAAAUAUCUGCAAAAGGAAAUAAAUAUGCAGCUUCAUCGGAUUCAAUGCAGAAGCGAUGGCGGUACUAUCCGGACCUUACAGCUCCGUUGACGCCACAACAAAUACGCCAAUCAAUGGAUGAGGUAGGACGACCAUUCAAAAAUGAAGCUUGCAAUUGGUACUACAAAAAUUAUCCACCAGUUAAAUAUAAUUGUAUCAUGCGGAAAUUCUCAAAAUAACGCUUCAAAAAAAUAUCGUUGGAUCUUUACGCCUUUCAUAUUGUUUUUGACGAUAAAACCAUGUGUUGUCA